CAAAAGCAUCACAAAAAAUACAAUUCAAUCGUCCGUCCCUUUCAUCCCCUGUUUCCGAGCGCGCAUCCCACGCGGUUUGUAGGAAUCCUAUAUAAACAACCCCUCUAGUAUCUCGACGUUCAGUGCUGCGUUAAUUCAAGCUGAGAUUUGAGUGAAACCAAAGUUCAGCUUUUAAGAUGGUUUCGAGGUUACUGCUAUUCAGCAGUGUAAUUCUAACUUUCCUGGUGUUCGCUGUAGACGAGACGGUGGAAGGAAGGUACCUUCCCACGAGAUCCAACGGAGAUAAAAUUGAUAAAAUCAGGGAGUUACUGAAAGACAUUUUGGAGUCGGAAAUGGAGAAAGACGAGCCGGAUCCACCAAGAUGGCGUCCGGAAAGCAAAUUCCUCUACAAGAGAGACGUCAAAAUCGAUGACGCGCCUGCUCGCAACGUCCUACUGACCAAAACAAUAUAGAGCAACUGAUUCAAUACCGACCCUGGCAGAAAAUGACGACAGCACCAUCUUGACUGUUAAUUCUAAUAACUAAGUCGACGUACUGCAAAAAAUGACAAUAAGUAGGUACAAUUUUUAACGUAAUAUAUUUUAAAUAAGCAAUAACGCUGAAGAAAAAAAAUUGCGCCUCGGUUACUACCUCGGGUGUCAGGUAUUGGGAUAGAUAUGGUGCAUUUCGAGCAACGCCAUCAGCGAACGGUCAUUUUUGCAAUUUGUCGGCUGGAUUAAAACCACUUUUAAAUGGAACUACGUCAAUAAAUUGCAUUAAAAUGUUAUUAAGCAAUAUUCAGAGUAUUUUAAACAUUGUGCAAUUUUAAAAUAAUACGUACAUAUAUAUUUGUUAACAUAGGACACAGAGUUUUAUAAUAUUGCGUUAAGGUACUGGGAAUAAAACUAUAUUUAAGCAGAUUUUGUUUGCAUUCGAACGCGUCGUCCAAA